UGCAGAGAUGCUUUAUUGCUUCGAGUCCCUUCAUGUUUAUAUCAAGAUGCGGGAGUUACUGAUAAUAAAUUUAGGAGGCCAUGGAUGAGAGUUUCAGCUGUUUCAGUGUGGGGAAUGACAGACGAUAUUUCAGUCUUGGAUCAAUGGAAAGCAAGUCUCUUUGUGGAGGAGUUCCUAGAGAAAAAAGCAAUUACAGGAAUGGUGAUUCAGACUGACUAUGGUUUUGAGGAAGUUGUUCCAAGUUCAAACCCAAACUCCCAAACUGAAGUAGAGGAAGCCAGUUUAUAUACCCAUAAGGACUACACUGAAGUCUUUACACUUGUCAACGGUUUAGAAGAAUGUCCAGCACUUCAAAUACAGAACAGAGAUUUGUCUAUUGAUGAAGAAAUAAUUUUUUUAAAUAACUUGAUGACCUAUAAAAGUCAGCUACCAACUUCGCAUACUUUGUUGAGUAGGCUAAAACUAUUUUUGGUAAAAGACCCCAUUUUAGAUUUCAAAGAACAGAUCUUCACAGAAGCUGAUAUCUUCAGGGAAUGUUUCUCUUUUCAAGGAGAUUUGAAAGAUCUACUGAAAGAAGAUUUUUACAUGGAUAAAGAGAACUUUUGUCAGGAAAAGCUAGAAGAUACGCCAUCAAUUUUGCCUGAGUGUGAAUUCUUAAUACCUACAAACCUCAAACAAGAAGUUGAUAUUCCAUCACUCACCGAACUGAAGGAAUCCUUAAACUUAAUGCCAGAAAUAAUAAAUUAUGCAGAUGAAAAUGAAAAGCUUUUCAAAAUAGAACUUACUACCAAGCAUGGAAUUGACAUUGAGGAUAUAAAAUGCAGCUCCACAGAGAUUUUGGCCAUUCAAAGCCAUUGUGAACCAGAGUACAGUGAACCAGUAGAGUUAGACAUGCCAUUAACUCAUCUACAUCUAACAAACCAACAUACUUCCAUGGCUUCAUUAUGUACAGGACUUCAGACAUUUCCAUUUUCUCCUGUUUGUAAAAUUAGUUUGCUUACCGCUGAGGAAUCAGUUAACAAAAACUGGAUGGUGUGGCAGUUAGAAAGCUGCAGAAGCUCAUUGAAACCAUCUUUGCUCACAGUGCCAAGAACUGAGGAACCCAACAGUCAAUAUUCUGCUAUGGAUUUGAAAAAGAUAUUUUCUACUGAAGAAGAAAGGCUUGUAGUUAAUCCUGUAAGCACAGAGUGGUGGGAAAAAGGAAGACUAGAUCUGAAAGAGGCAGAAACUUUGGAACAUCUGAAUACAUAUUUGUGUCAUGAUGAUCUAUCUUCUGAUGAUACUAAAAUGGAGAUAUUUUUGCCAAUAAAAGCGCUUCAAUUAGAAUCAUGGCUAGAACAUGAAAGUUGUUCCUCACCUAUUGUACUUACUAAUGAGAAGUCUACAAAUGAUCAUUUAUUACUUCCACAAAAAAUUUCAUCUCCAGCAGAAGAAAUACCAGACCUGUGUUUUUCUGAUGACAAUUCAUCUGUUAAACAACCAACAAAAGAAGAAAAACCAAAGAAUGAUCUAGAACUAGUUUAUAGAAUAAGCCAAAAUAAAGAAAAUGAAGAUUACUUGGAACUUGAUUGCUCAGUACCAUCUAUUGAAUCAUCUUCCUCUCCAAAAAUUGAAAAAGCAUCUUUUAAACAUGGUAAAAAAUGGGAGAAUGAUUUGGAUCUUUUGAGUGACUUUAUUAUGCUGCGAAAUAAAUAUAAGACUUGCACCUCAAAGACUGAAGUCACAGGCAGUAAAGAAAAUGAUGAAUUUCAAGAUGAAGAACAUUGUUUGACUCUUCAGGAAGAAAGUCCUCCUGUUUGUACUAAUAAAGCCAUAGAGAAAAUAAAUCAGGAUAAGGGAGUGGAUAAUGUCAUUAAAAUUCAAGCAUCAGACAGCCAGUGCCAAGCAUUCUGUCUCCUAGAAGCAGCAGCUACUCCUAUCUUAAAAAAACUUGUAUGCCUCUGUACUCUGCCUACAGCUAAUUGGACAUUUGCCACUGUCAUUUUUGACCAAACAAGGUUCCUCUUAAAGGAACAAGAAAAAGUAAUAAGUGAUGCUAUUCAGCAAGGUACAAAUAAUGAAAAAGAAAUGACGUUCAAGCAUGCUGCUGUCUUACAUCUUCUGGUAACAAUUAGAGAUGUCCUUUUAACAUGUAGCUUGGACACAGCAUUGGGAUAUUUGUCAAAUGCAAAAGAUACCUACAAAAGCAUUUUAGGCUCCUAUUUGGAUGACAUUUGGAGACAGCUGGAGAUUGUACAGUUUAUUAGGGGAAAAAAGCCUGAAACCAACUACAAGAUACAAGAACUGCAAAGUCAGAUACUAAAUUGGAUGCAAAGUGAGCAACAGAUUAAGGUGCUGAUUAUAAUAAGAAUGGACUCAGACGGUGAAAAACAUCUACUCAUUAAAAUCCUUAACAAAAUGGAAGGUUUAACAUUGACUGUCUUAGAUUCAAACAAAAGGAAAGAUUUUCUGGAACCUGAACGUGUUUUAAAUGGUACAAGUUCCUGUGUAGUUGUACAUAAUCAGUAUAUUGGAUCAGAUUUUCCCUGGAGUAACUUCUCAUUUGUGGUGGAAUACAAUUUUGUAGAAAACUCUUGUUGGACUAAACACUGCGAGAAAUUGAAUAUUCCUCACAAGGUCUUCAAAGUGAUUCUUCCAGACACAGUUUUAAAGAGAAGCAACUUGCUGGAUAGUUUUGGUGGAUUUCUUUUGGAAAUUCAGGUUCCAUAUGUGUUUUUUGCAUCUGAAGGACUUCUUAAUACUCCAGAAAUACUUCAGUUGCUAGAAUCCAAGUAUAAUAUCACACUAGUGGAGAGAUGCUGCAGUGAGUCGCUAAAACUCUUUGGAAGUACAGAGUGUUAUGUAGUGGUGACAAUUGAUGAACACACUGCCAUAAUUUUGCAGGACCUAGAAGAAUUGAAUUGUGAGAAGGCAUCAGACAAUAUCAUUAUGAGACUGAUGGCAUUAUCAUUCCAGUACAGCUAUUGUUGGAUAAUCUUAUAUACCAAAAAAACAUUAAACUCAGAGUACCAUCUUACAGAAAAAACACUUCAUCAUCUAGCACUGAUUUAUGCAGCUUUGGUAACAUUUGGGCUAAAAUCAGAAGAACUGGAUAUAAAGCUUAUAAUUGCCCCAGGAGUGGAAGAGGCUGCACUGAUAAUUCGGCAAAUUGCUGAUCACAAUUUAAUGACCUCGAAGAGAGAUCCUCAUGAAUGGUUGGAUAAAUCUUGGCUUGACGUUUCACCAUCUAAGGAAGAAAUGUACUUACUUGAUUUUCCAUGUAUUAACCCAUUGGUGGCUCAGCUCAUGUUAAACAAAGGACCUUCACUGCACUGGAUAUUAUUAGCAACUCUGUGUCAACUUCAGGAGCUUUUACCUGAAGUUCCAGAAAAAGUGUUAAAGCAUUUUUGUAGCAUCACUUCCUUAUUCAAGAUUAGUUCUUCUUCCAUAACAAACUCAUCUCAAAGUCCAUCACCUCAGGAAAAUGGGAAUCAGACCAGUACCUUUACUUCCCAGAACUCAGCUUGUGACUCUUCAAACUCUGUCUUUCAAGAACAUAAUGAGUAUUACCACUAUUCAGACAUAGGAGAGACAGUGCAUGGAGACACAAACAGCACUUUAAACUAUAACUCUUCCCUUAUGGAACUAAGAGAAAUGCCAUCCAUUUUACCACCUGUGACUUCUUAUAAUCAGGCCAGCCACUGGAAGGACUCCAGUUGUAACCCUAACAUAGUGCAUAACCCUUUCCUGAUUAAUACAGAAUCAAGGAAUGUGGCUGUUAACUCCUUUCAAAACCAAAAUGAUUCAGAGUCAGAUGUCUUUUAUUUGGAUCUAACACAAAUGAACUGUGAAAACAUAAUAUCACCAAUUGACACUCAGAAGAGAGUUGCCCCUAAUUUUAUAAAUUACAAGAAAAAAGGAACACAUGAUGCAAAAGGACCUAUAAAUACAGAAGUGUCUGCCCCUAGCUUUUCACUAGAAGGCUCCCCAUCUCCUCUUCCCUGGAACUUUAAGAAAAAUGUAUGGGAACAACAGAAUCACUCAUUCAACUUAGAAUAUGGUGCAGGGGAGACUACAUGUGACAAAUGGUACUCUCAGAAAGAUAAUUUAUUCACUAAUCAGCAAAAAUGUCUAUCGGAUGAGUUAGAAGGCUUCAUAUGUGAAAGUUCAAAUGCUGGGACUAAAAAGACUUUCUGGAAAGAAUUACCGUCUGACCCCAGUUUGGAUUUAUUUUGUGCUUCCGAUCCUAAUAUAAAUCAAAAAGAAUUCAGCAGUCUUUAUUUCCACCAAAGAGCAGGAAAAUGUUCAGGACAGAAAAGGCACUCUGAAUCCUCAUCUAACUCAGAAGGCAAGAAAUCAUUACCAGAUUUCAUAUGCUCACAACUACCAAAAUUCAAAAAACGACGUCUAGCAUAUGAAAAAGUCCCUGGUAGAGUUGAUGGACAAACCCGUCUGAGGUUUUUUUGAAAGAAAGGAUAAUGUUCUGUGCCACAUUCCUUUGUUUUUGAUGAAAAUCUAGUAACAAAAUGAUUUAGGUUUGCUCAUUCAUUAAAGAAAAUACAGUUGUUAGAUGUUCUUGGUGUUUCCAUAUUAAAUUUUCAAAAUAUA